AUGGGAUCUGUUGGAAAUACAAAUCCUUGGGCACCUUAUAGUUAUAAGGACUGUUCACAAGGAAUUUGUAGCAUGUAUUGUCCACAGUGGUGCUACAUAAUCUUCCCUCCUCCUCCUCCGCCUCCUCCGUCAGAUGAUGAUUCCAGGACCCCUUUUUCCCCUCUGGUUAUCGCCAUCAUUGGCAUCGUGGCAAGUGCGUUUAUGCUGGUAAGUUACUAUACCAUUGUCACAGGAUAUUGCAGGCGAAGAAGUAAUCCGAGUGCGAGCGAGGAAUUGGAUGAAAUUCGUGAUGAAACGAAUCGUGAUCAGUGGCAGGUUACUUCACAUGGACUAGAUGAGGCACUUAUUAACACUAUCACAGUUUUUAAGUACAACAAAGGUGAUGGUCUAAUUGACGGGACUGAGUGUUCUGUUUGUCUAAGUGAAUUCGAAGAAAAUGAGAGCCUUCGACUAUUGCCAAAAUGCAGCCAUGCUUUUCACCUUCCUUGUGUCGAUACAUGGUUAAAGUCUCACGCGAAUUGUCCUCUCUGUCGUGCCAGUGUUACUUCUACUAAUGCAGUACCUCUAUCUACUCUGAGUUCUCAGAAUUCACUGGCUCUCAACAUAGCAUCUCUUGAAAUUCAAGGCUCGGAUGAUUUAAUCGUGGUAGUGGAUGAUCGUGAUCGUGAAAGUAAUCACCAAGACGAGCUGGUUGUUAGCCUUGUUACUGAUGAUACUCGACCAAAGAGCCCCUCUCCACUUAAUACCAAUACAGAGGAUUCUGAAACAAGAAAUAGUAACAUUGCAAGGACUACUGAUCCUAAAGAUGUUAACGACUUUACCAGAUCAAGUUCUUUAGCUACAUUUUUGUGUCAAAACGAUCUUUCAGUUGGUGAAAUUUUGCGAAUGGAAGAAGUUGAUGAGGACAUACUAAUGAAGAAAUGUCAGUCUUGGAAGGAAUCUGGUUCCUCAAGAGGAUUUUAA